GUACAAAUCCAAGGUUUAUAGAGUUCAUCGGUUACCGAAAUGAGCUUUGCAUGCUCUCUAUGACACUCCAGGUACUUGAAACCAAGUUACGGGCGAUCCAGUCUGUUGAUCUGAAGAAAGACAAUUUGCGUGAUAGCCAAAAAUUUGCGCUGAUGUCAAGAGGAUAUUUUAAGUACAUCAAUUACAAUGGUUGAGGGACUGAAAACGAGUCUGGUACAAAAAAUGUGUCAAGACUUAAGGGAAGGAAGGACUGCUCCCAAAGCUCCUUUCUUAAGCAUUCUUAAUCAUGAUUUUCAACAAUCAGACAUCGAAAUAGAUAACAGCAGCAACGCUCUAGUUACACUAAAUGAAGUAAUUAUUACAUCAAAGAAGUUGCUGAGAAGAGAUCCAAAAUUUGCCAAGAUUAUAUUGGAAAACUUCGAAGAUAUGGAUGAAGAAGCGGAAACAAUCAUGAUAUUAGCCUUGAUCAGGGAAAGCAACAACUCAGACAGUGAAUGGAAGCAGUUCUUCGAGAAGGCAUCCCAAAGUGAAAUUAUAGUGGAUGAAGACCAAGUUGAAGAAUUAAGGGAAAUUCUUUUAUUUGGGCAGAUAAUAUUCUGAAUGCUUAUUCAAUCAAUAAUCCUUCCUUGGCCAUUGUACCACUUUAAAAAACGUGGUCGCUUCCUUGAAACGCCGACAAUUAAACAUUGCUUUUCUUCAAUGCAGAGGAAACUUUUGUCUUUUUUGCU